UGCACCGAAAAAGCGUACCCGAGGAAAGCUCAUUUGGCAUCAAAGCAGAGCGAGUUCCUUUCAUUUCUUUCUCGUUGAAGUUAGACGAGAAACAUCAAAAAAUGUCGGCGAAGGAAGCUCCAAAGGUCCAGACGCCCAGCAAGAAGCGUCCUCGCUAUGAUUUGGCUGUUGGUUUGAAGAAGGGUUUCAAGACUACCAAGAACCCCCAGAAGCCGAGGCCUUCUCGCAGGAAGGGUAAACUCACCAAACACACCAAGUUUAUUCGUGACAUCGUCAAAGAGGUUGCUGGUCAUGCACCUUAUGAGAAGAGAGCUAUGGAAUUGCUCAAGAUCUCAAAGGAUAAGCGAGCCUUGAAGUUCUUGAAGAGACGAUUGGGAACUCACUUGAGGGCCAAGAGGAAGCGUGAAGAAUUGGGCAAUGUUCUCACCCAGAUGAGGAAAGCCCAAGCCGCCAAGUAAACUGUGUAAUGUGUAAAACAAUACAUAGGCUUGCAUUGUCA